AUGUCUGCACCUGCCUCCUGGCCCCAGCGUCCCUGUCCUAUCCUGCUGCUGACCCUCCUGCUGGGACUCACAGGAGCGGCUGCACAGGAGCUGCAGGUGAUCCAGCCUGAGAAGUCAGUGUCUGUCUCUGCUGGAGAGUCGGCCACUCUGCACUGCAGUAUGACCUCCCUGUACCCUGUGGGGUCCAUCAAGCGGUUUAAGGGGGCAGGGCCAGGCCGGGAGUUGAUCUACAAGUUCAAAGAAGGCCACUUCCCCCGAGUCACAAAUCUCUCAGAUGCCACAAAGAGGGACAACAGGGACUUUUCCAUCCGCAUCAGUAAUGUCACCUCAGCAGACGCCGGCACCUACUACUGUGUGAAGUUCCAGAAAUCGAUCACUACUAAGGAGUAUAAGUCUGGACCAGGCACUGAGUUGUCUGUGCGAGCCAGACCUUCUCCUCCUGUGGUGUCAGGUCCUGUGUCCAGAGCCACACCUGGGCAGAUGGUGAGCUUCACCUGCGAGCCCCACAGCUUCUCCCCCGACAAUAUCACCCUGAACUGGUUCAAAAAUGGGAAUGAGCUCUCGCACACCCAGACCAGCAUGGACCCCAGGGGAGAAACUAUGUCCUACAGUGUGUCCAGCACAGCCCAGGUGACCCUGGCCCCUGGAGACAUCCACUCUCAGGUCAUCUGCCAGGUUUCCCAUUUCACUUUGCAGGGGGAGCCUCCUCUUUGAGGUACUGCCAACUUGUCUGACACCAUUCGAGUUCCACCCACCGUGGAAGUCAUUCCACUACUCAGCAUGGCAGGGAACCAGGUGAACGUCACCUGCCAGGUGAAGCACUUCUACCCCCAGAGACUACAGCUGACCUGGGUGGAGAAUGGAAACUUGUACAGGACAGAAGCAGGCUCGACCCUGUCAGAGAACAAGGACGGGACCUUCAACCUGAGAGCAGUGAAGUCUACUCUUGCUUCAUACCUCAUCGCCCUGUUCUUUGGCUCCAAGAUCCUACUGGCAGUUGGUGUCUCUGCCGUCUACAUCUACAGGAAGCAGAAGUCCUGA